UUACCGCUUCUCAUUGGGUCUCAUAUUCCCAGAGCCUGGGCUAAUUAUUGGGAGGUUCAUGUGGAUAAAGUACAGCUCAUCCCUCCCUUCACAUCAUGUCCCCUACUCGUUGGCCACACUCACUGCAUGCUUUUUAAAUUCCCAUCACCGGCCUCCAGACGUCGUUUCAUUUUGCCUGCGGGAUGAUGGACAGCAGGAUACUGGAUCCACCUCACGCCCAGUUCGGAGGCUCUCUCGGCGGGAUGGUGGGCUUCCCGUACCAUCUGAGCCACCAUCACGUUUACGAAUUAGCCGGGCAUCAACUUCAAUCUGCGUCCGCGGUUCCCUUCUCAAUAGACGGAUUACUUAAUGGUUCCUGCACGGCUUCAGUGGGUAAUUCCAACCACCUCUUGUCUUCGGGCUGCGGGAUGAAUGGAGAUAAUCAGCAGUACAAACUGACAGACUCGGGGGACCCAGACAAAGAUAGCCCUGGUUGCAAGAGACGGAGAACUCGCACAAAUUUCACUGGUUGGCAGCUGGAGGAAUUAGAAAAGGCUUUUAAUGAGAGCCACUAUCCCGACGUUUUCAUGAGGGAAGCACUGGCUCUUCGAUUGGACUUGAUAGAAUCAAGGGUUCAGGUAUGGUUUCAGAAUCGCAGAGCCAAAUGGAGAAAAAAGGAGAACACGAAGAAAGGUCCAGGUCGACCUGCUCACAACGCCCACCCCACCACGUGCAGCGGGGAGCCCAUGGACCCCGAGGAGAUCGCCAGGAGAGAGCUGGACAGGAUGGAGAAGAAGAAACGAAAGCAGGAGCGACGGCUGCUCAAGUCCCAGAACAGGCUCGCUUCUGGGGAUUUAUUUCACACCCCGGGAUCAGACAGCGACAGCGGGGUGUCGCAUGUGACCGACAGUGACCACACAGGCCCGCCUUUUGACUCUGUGGGGGGGAACCAAACGCAAUCGAGCUGCGACCAAACACCUCACCCUCUCCACACCCAACACCAGAACCAAAGACACUUGGACCGGGAUGCUGGCGGAUCCGAGCUGGACUCGCCCGACGCCAGCCACCGGUCAAGCCUGCAGUGCUCCAACAACAGCAGCGCCUCCAGCGUGCAGAAACUCAACCCUUUUAGCGUCGAAAGCCUCCUUUCGGACUCCAGGCCGAGACGCAACCCCGCGGCCUUACCCUCCUCACGGCCUUUGAUAGGGAAAGGACACUUCCUACUCUAUCCCAUCACACAGCCGCUUGGAUUCAUUGUUCCUCAAACGGCCCUGAAGACAACAACAGUAACACAGUCUGACAGUGACGCCCCAGCAGGGAGAAACCCGUCCAAUGUCCGCUGCAGCGUCUCUGCGAGCUCUGCGGGAUGUAGGAGCAGCUCGCCGGACUCCGCAGACGCCACACACAAGGUACAGGUGGGAUCAGAGGAAAAGACACGUUCACCGCACACCAGCCCAUCCAGGGCCGCCUUUUCCACUGGCAAAAGUACUCAGACCUCUGUUAUUUGCAGCGAUUCGACUUUCGCCCACGAACACAUCAGUCCACAACUCAUUAAGCCUGUCGAUGCAGACAGAAAAGAGCAUUUAGCGAUCAAGGACCACCCUGACACCCCCGAGUGUGUCCACAGUGACAGUCCAGCAGAAACAAAGACAGACUCUAAAGAAGAUGUCGACAUGGAAUAAAUCAUUUGGGGUAAAAAAGAAAAGAAAAACAAAGAAGCAGAAUCAUACUGAUAUAGCCUCUAAACGACACCUUUCAUUAGGCCAAAGCUUAACAUCCUUGCAUCUAAUCUCUAGGUUUCCCCACUUUGCUGAUACUUUGACAAUGGUGUGCUUUCUCUCUCUCUCUCUCUCUCUCUCUCUCUCUCUCUCUCUCUCUCUCUCUCUCUCUCUCUCUCUCUCUCUCUCUCUCUCUCUCUCUCUCUCUCUCUCUCUCCUCUCUCUCUGCGAGUGUGUGCGUGUGUGUGUGUGUGAGUCAGAAGUCUCUAGAUAUCCUUUAAUGUGUGAUAACUUGUCAAAAAAACACAAGACCACGAGACCAACAAAAAUCCUCAAGAGCUGUAAAAAAGGUAUUAUACUAUUUAUAUAUGUAAGUUUUUUUCUUAAAUAAAUCUAUUGUAUACAAGCAC